CACCACCUGCCGCGCUCGAUGCUCCCUACUCCCAUAGCCGUCCUCAGUUCGACCCCAUGGUGUCGAGAUGGACGAGUUAGUCACGAGCAGCAAUCGCGCCGCCGCGCGCCGCCCCCUAUCGGCACGCUGCUCGGCCACCUGCUCAAUUGAAGAAAGCAGACACUUUCAAUCAAAGUGUCCCGUUUUCUUUUGCUCCUGCAGUCCAUCGUACCUAGAAACUAGAUUUUUAUCUGCAAAAUCAGUUCACCGUGUUAGACUAUACUUGUACUCAUUAUCGCAUGUGCUCAUAUCCACUCCUGUACGUAGCACAUACGCUAGGUAGUUGAGGUUGGAUCGUGCUGCCUGCCCUCUGUCGUAGUGGCGCACGAUCCCAGGUCGUGGAACUCCCCCAUGAUCUCCAGGCGGGGCUGUAAACUGUAUAUAAUCCCUGCCCAUGAGGGGCUAAUCAGAGUGUGGUGUGUUUCCCCCCUAAUCCUCACUCAAACAUGGUAUCAGAUAUUUCCGAUCCCGCUUCCGCUCCCAUGGAGCACGACGACGGCGACGCUCCGCCUGCUGUCCCCCUCGCCGCCGCUCCACCUGCAGUCCCUCCUGCUCCUGCGCCACCUGCUCCUGCAGUCCCUGCUGCUCCCGCGUCACCUGCACCAGCCCUCGCCGUGGCAACCGCCCCUGCUCUGCCUGCGUCGGCCAUGGUGGCCGUGGCGCCCCCACCUCCCUCCAUCCCCUCGUCGGUGCUGCAAACCGUCGACAUCCGCCGCCAUGUUCCAGUCACGCUAGACCUCCUCGCCGGCAACUACACCGAAUGGCGCCGCCACUUCGACACCGUCAUCGGGAUGUUUGGGCUCCGCGACCAUGUCGAUCCCGAGGCACUCCCCCGUCUCGACCACCCCGAGUGGCUCAUGGCCGACCAUGUCGUCGUGCACUGGCUCUACACCACCAUCGCGCCGGAGCUCCUCGAUGCCGUCAUGCACCCCGAGGACACGGCGAUCGCCGUGUGGACCGCCAUCGACGGCGUGUUCCGCGACAACCACCUCGCCCGCGCCGUCUACGUCGACGCCGAGUACCACGCCGCUGUCCAGGGAGACAUGUCGGUCAUGCAGUACUGCACCAAACUCAAGAACUUCACCGACCAACUCCGGGACCUGGGACAGCCGGUCACUGACACGCGCCAGGUUUUCCACCUCCUGCGCGGCCUCAACCGUCAGUACCACUCCGUCAUUCCCCAUGUGACGUCGCAGGUGCCCCUCCCCUCCUUCCUUCAGGUGCGCUCCUUCCUCCUUCUGGAGGAACACCGCGCCGAACAGUCUGCUCGGCUGCAGUCCACUCAUGCCCUGGUCGCUGGCCGCGGCUCUCCAUCGACACCGCCCACUCCUGCGCCCAGCAACACCAACCAACAAGGGCGCGGGCGCGGGCGCCGCCGCGGCUGUGGCAAUGGAGGUCAGGGCGCCCACAUCGCUCCCUCGCCGUCGCCCUUACCUCGCCCUCCGGCCGUUCCCGCCCCUGCACCAGGCGCCAAUUCCUGGACAGGCCUCGUCCAGGCGUGGCCCAUGGCCUGGCGCGCGCCUGGUGCCGGCGUUCUCGGCCCGCGGCCUGCUACUCCGCCCCAGCAGGCUAUGUACGCCGCGCCCGCGCCAACGGCGCUCCCACUGCCCGUCUACGGCUCGCCUGGUGCCUACCCACCUGGCUAUGCGCCCCCGCCCCACUACAACACCCCUGGGGCCGGGCCGUCGUCGUCUCCGUCACCAGCGUGGGACAUGGCGUCCCUUCAGGCUGCUCUCCACAGCGCCACCGCCGGGCCAUCCUCUUCUGGCACCUCCCAGGAGUGGUACCUCGACUCCGGGGCAGCCGCGCACACGUCUCCUGUCCGCCGGUCGUCGCGCCCCCACCGCCACCACCGACGCGCGCGGUCACCCGCGCCCAGCGUGGGAUAUUUCGGCCUAACCCGAAGUACUACGACGCCGCUGCUGCCACCACAACGGAGAUCUCGCCGGUGCCCAGCUCGGUUCGUGUGGCGGUGCGUGAUCCCAACUGGCUCGCCGCCAUGCGGGCUGAGCACGACGCACUUGUUCGCAACCGAACAUGGACGCUGGUGCCUCGGCCUCCUGGUGCCAACCUCAUCACCGGCAAGUGGCUCUUCAAGCACAAGAUGAACGCCGACGGCAUGCUGGAGCGGUACAAGGCCAGGUGGGACAAGGCCAGGUGGGUCGUGCGCGGCUUUCGCCAGCGCGCCGGCAUCGACUACGGCGAGACGUUCUCUCCGGUCGUCAAGCCAGCAACGAUUCGCACGGUGCUCACCCUCGCUCUCGCGGCUGGCCGGUGCACCAACUUGACGUCUCCAACGCCUUCCUCCAUGGCACACUCGCCGAGGAGGUCUACUGCCUUCAACCUGCCGGCUUCGUCGACCCCGAGCGCCCUCACCAUGUUUGCAGGCUCUCCAAGUCGCUGUACGGGCUGAAACAGGCCCCACGUGCCUGGUUCCUCCGCUUUGCCGGCUUCCUCGCCACUGUGGGCUUCGUGGCCACCCGCUCCGAUUCGUCGUUGUUCAUCUACCAUCGCGGCGUGGACACGGCGUUCCUCCUCCUCUACGUGGAUGACAUCGUGCUCACCGCCUCGUCUGCGGCUGUUCUCGAGCGCGUCGUCGCCCAGCUCACUGGUGAAUUUGCGAUGAAGGACCUCGGCGAUCUCCACUUCUUCCUCAGCAUUCGCGUGACACGCACGGCGGCCGGCUUCUUCCUGUGCCAAAAACAGUACGCGGAAGAGCUUGUCGAUCGCGCCGGCAUGGAAGCCUGCCGUCCUUCCCCGACGCCCAUUGACACCAAGGCCAAGCUGCCCGCGGCUGAUGGCCCUCGUGUGGACGACCCGUCCGCCUACCGAAGCAUCGCUGGAGGCCUGCAGUACCUCACCAUCACCCGCCCCGAGCUUGCCUACGCCGUCCAACAGGUCUGCUUGCACAUGCAUGACCCGCGCGAGUGCCACCUCGCUUUGGUCAAGCGUGUGCCGCGGUACGUGCGCGGCAUACGUGCGCGGCACGGCGUCCCUCGGUCUGCAUCUCCGCGCCUCGGCCACACUCGAUGUACGUGCCUUCACCGAUGCUGACUGGGCGGGCUGCCCCGACACACGCCGUUCCACGUCCGGCUUCGUCGUCUACCUCGGCAACGCGCUCGUCUCCUGGUCCUCCAAGCGCCAGGCAACGGUGUCCCGCUCCAGUGUGGAGGCCGAAUACCGUGGCGUCGCCAACGCCAUCGCCGAGUGCGUCUGGCUCCGUCAACUCCUCGGCGAGCUCCUGGCUCCAGUGCACAAGGCCACGCUGGUGUUCUGCGACAACGUGUCCGCCGUCUACCUCUCCGCCAACCCAGUGCACCACCGCCGGACGAAGCACGUGGAGCUCGACAUCCACUUCGUUCGCGAGCGCGUGGCGUUGGGCCAAUUCCGCAUCGUUCACAUCCCCACUCGGCAGCAGCUCGCCGACAUCAUGACCAAAGGCUUGCCCUCGGACGUUUUCUCCGAGUUCAGGUCCAGUCUUUGCGUCACCGGUGACGACGUCACGACUGCGGGGGGGUGUUAGACUAUACUUGUACUCAUUAUCGCAUGUGCUCAUAUCCACUCCUGUACGUAGCACAUACGCUAGGUAGUUGAGGUUGGAUCGUGCUGCCUGCCCUCUGUCGUAGUGGCGCACGAUCCCAGGUCGUGGAACUCCCCCAUGAUCUCCAGGCGGGGCUGUAAACUGUAUAUAAUCCCUGCCCAUGAGGGGCUAAUCAGAGUGUGGUGUGUUUCCCCCCUAAUCCUCACUCACACACCGUACCUAGAACAAUCAGCUCGGUCCAUCUCCUGAUUCUGAAAAUAUGAAUUGUGUUUACUGCCAAAAUUGAUGCUCUGUAGUUCACCAUGUAUAUAUGUCAUCAGUUCAAAAAAAACGUACAGAAAAGUUCAAUUGUAUGUGUUAAAACCCAGUUUGGUUUUAUACUAUAUGUCAGAUUAUUACAAAAAUAUAAUAAAAGAUUUUGCUCAUGUGGCUGUAAGCUCUAACUAUAUGGCAACAAAGAGAGAACAAGUAGGAAGUAUUGUUGUUUCCGUAUUGUUAAGUUCAGUAUGUAUUCCGUUUUCAGUACGUAAACAAACACACAUGAUAUUUAUAAGAGCAACAAUUACAAAUGGAAAUCAAUAAGUUCAACUACAUAUAUUACAACAAUUGAAAUACAAAUGGCCGUUUGUGUGCAGUGCUAAUGGCAGUACAUUUUGGGUUAGGGUAAUGGAUGUCUGACCAAAGAAAUUAUUGUUGUACUAAUGUCAGUACUAAUGGCGGUUUGUGUGCAGUGCUAAUGGCAGUACGAUGGAUGAUAGACUACAUAAAUUAUUGUUGUGUGUGUCUGACGGAUGAUACCACUUGCUUUUCAUAACAUAAAAGAUAUACAUUCAAUGUUUGGAUUGACGUGGCCAUGUCCACCUCGACUUUCUGGGAUCUUAAACAAUUGAAUUACGAUACACACUAAAAUGGCAUACAGAAAUCUGAAUGCUCACACUUGCUACUUGCUAGAGAUCAUACUAGGCAUAUUUUCAUUAUACCGCUUGCUGCUUGUAGUUAUCAUGGGUGCCCGCUGGACAGGUUCUUUUUGUUAACAUGAUAUUGGUCAAUUAAUUUUACAGAUCUCUUAUUGGAAUUGGGGCUGCAACUAAAAGUAGCAAAAAAUGAUAUUAGUCAAUUAAUUUUAGAGACCUCUUAUUGGAAUUGGGCCUGCCCCAUGAUCCGGUGUCGCCCUCCGCAGCCUCAGCACGCAGGCCGUUCACCACCACCACCAGUGCCCAUUCAAUGCCGCCCCAACAACCCCAGUAGCUUCAAAAAAUGCAAAUGGUCAUGUUUCCACAAGACUGACGGAACAUUACCAAUUGAACUGAGAACUGGCGGAACUGUGAACGUUCGUUCUAUAAAAUUGCAUCAGUUCGCUAGCAAAAUCAAAUUCAGUUCAUCUGCCCUUUGUUAGCUUCAGAAAAUGCAAAUGUUUAUGUUUUUGCAGCACUGACGGAACACCGCCAAUCGAACUGAACACUGAGCAUGUUUCCACCCUCCCCACGCCCGCCACCGCUGCGACCACCCCUCCCCCUCACGAUUUCUCGUUGAUAUCGCUGUAUUCGUGCUUGUUAUGUGAGUUACCUGAUGGAAGUUCUGCAACUGUCAGUCCAGAUGGAAGAAGGAGAUCUGUCCAAAGUGUGAGUUUUGCGACGUCGACGUGCAAGUUCUACAAUUUAUCCAUCCAGAUGGGAGAAGGAGAUCAGUCCAACCGACGCGUCUGAAGCGACAUACGAGGUAUCAGAAUAAUUCUAGGUUUUUUUGUGUUCAUUGGAUUUCCGGAUUGUUAGCGCAAGUGAGUGUUCUGUUUUUGCCUGUUCAGUCCAAGUGGGAGAGCAAAAGUAAGCACUGUCUGCUUAGAAGUUGUGUUUGAAACCCAUUUUUAAUAGUGAAACAAGUAAAUCAGUGUGUUAAUGCUUUAUUGUUAUAGUUCUUAAGUGACUGAAAUUUUGACCAUGUGUUUAGAGUUAAGCAACUACAUAAGUUGCAUGCUGUAUUGAUCUACUUGUCAUGCGGAAGUUCAUUGGCUUCUUAAAAUUUCUGAUAUAAACAAGCUGGUGGCCGCCCAUCUCUGCAUGUAUUUUAUUUGGGAUAGCCAAAUCCUGGCGCGCCCAGCCGCUGCUCGUGAACCCCGCCUCCAUCAGCUCCACUUCACCGGAGUCGUCAGUCCACAGGAGUAGGGGUAGCAGAUCCCCAAUAGCGGCCAAAUCCCGGUGUGCCCAGUCUACAUGUAUUUUCUGUAUUUUCUACACAGACAACAGUCCAAGUAGAAUCGAGUGCAUGAUCCCCAUGCCUCCCCCCCGGGUGCCCAUCCACUGUUUGUCGAAAUGCCUACAAGAAUUAUAACUACUAUUUUUCCAUCUUUCUCUUCUUUUUUAAACUGAAGCUAAACUCCUAUACUACUAUCUCAUCUACUAAAAAUGAAGACACCGUCGCAAAUGUGUGGAAAAGAAUUGCAUUGUAUUUUGUGCUUGUGAAUUACUCAAAUGUUUAUUCGCUGCUGUUCAUAUUCGCAUGUGAAAAAAAGUUGAUGUAAAUUAUGUGGCUAGUGUAGUUCAGAAAAAAUGUGGAGAUGAAACAAAUCUAAAGUUCACUUUUCAGGAACUUUGCUUGCAACACCUAGACAGUUCAAAAUUUGGGGCACGUUCAGUACAAAAAGCUAUAAUUUGUGCAUGUCAUCUGUUUGUGGAAAAUGUCUGUGCAAGGACACAAACAGUGUACAUAUAUAUAGUGUCAGUACUUGAAAAGAAGAACAAAAGUUCAAUCUCAAAACUUUAAUAAGUUUAGUACAUAAAGGUUCACAAAUCCUGCUUAGUAAGUACCUCAAUUGACCCUAAUUUUGAGAUACUAGGACACAUCAUGGUCUUUAGCUAUCACAUCUCAUUUUCGUUUGGGUUAGUUUGUUGUGCAGUACAGGCAAGCAUGGCCACCACCAAUGCACUGUGUGGUCAAGGGCGAUGGAAUCCAACUCAGACCAACACCUUGGCCGCCCUUCCGUUGCUUGGCAACGGGUGUGUACUUUAGAAAAUUCCUAGCAAUGGUAACAAGCUGUUCAAUGUGGGGCUCGUGCAACAUAUAAUGCAAGUAGACAGGUGCAGGAAGAAAGGUGGUUCAACGUGUCGAGCGGCAGCAGCCUUUCCUCCCCAAUGGUUGCCCACGCAAGGAGGAUACAUGGACGCUACAGUGGUGGAGUCAGUAGCAUGUACUAGCUAGCUGAAGAAAAUGUAUUGUCAUGUAGCUUUGGUCUUUACCAUUGUGGUUUGCUGAUAUUUUUUCCUUGUGUUAUUACAUGGGAAAAUGAAAAAGAAAGGGGCUUUCUUUUUGCAAAUCAAUGAAGGAAAAGACUUAACCACGGGCUGGAUUCGGUGCUUGCGGCGCCCACACCACCAUCUUCGGCUCUCUGCCUACUGCAUACGGUGUCGGUCCAGGUACACACUGCUCGAAUCGCUCCUCAUUGGCUCCCAGCGGUGAAGAUCUCCAUGCCUCCCGUUUGAAUUUUCAGUUAAUUUUUUUAUUGAACUUGUACUACUAUUGAUUCAGACCUGAGGGAAGAAGGCAGAACAUCUCUCUUGUUGGCAGUAAUUUUGCUCUCUCAUCUCCAUCUUCCUUUGUCAAUCAAAAAAAUUAGCGGCUAGCGCAUAAAUUGUGUAUUUGUUAGAUUGCUUUGCGUGCAAAGUGUAGAGAUUCUAAAAUUAAAAAAGGAAACGUACAACGAUACAAAGAUUCUGUUGUUCUCUGGUUAGUAGUUCACCUUUGCUAAGUAUAGCAAAUUCUCUGGUUAUUUCUUGCAUAGCAUGUCUAAAAUGCAGAAGUAGUGCCAAAAAAUGUCAUUGUGUUAUGCAUAUAAAAGCUUUAUAAAAAAUGCACAAGCUGUUGUGUUUUUUGGUAACUCACGGCUGUGUGUGGCUCUUGUAUGUCUUCGGAAUACUUAGGCAUACUGUUGUUUGGUACAUAUCUUCAGUACAAGUUUGGAAGGCCAGGAAGUUCUACCGCCGGCAUACACCAAGUUCAGAGACGUUGCACGGAGUGAGCCGCCACCGCCGUAAAAAAUGGUUUAUUAGCGUACUGUUUUUUGGUACUUAUGCAUAUGGUUGUAGAAGUGAAAUUUGUUGGGUGCAUGUGCAGAAAAAUCGUCAGUUCAGUUUUCAAAAAUUCUGGAAGUUUGUUUUGAUUCUAUAAAAUUCUGGAAGUUUCUCGUGUGUGCUGCUACAAAUCUAAAGUUCUUCUCGAGUCAUUCUAGUACUGAUGUCUCUUUUAGUCUGUAGCGGAGGGAAUAAUUUUAUGCUCAUUCUUUCAUAGUAUGAAGCUCAUUUAUAGUUUCUUUUCUCAUUCUUUUAGUUAAGAAAAUGUUUAUUGACCUUGAAGCAUAAACCUCUCGGCAAUGUAACAUUCUGCUGAUAUUUUAAUAAUCGGUAAGCUGUUGUGGUGGGACACGGUCAUCAUCUUGAGGAGGUUAGUGAGGUCAGUGAUACCAUGCAUGCUGAAACAAUGGCCUUACACCAGGCUGUAUCUAUAACUUGGGCUCUGGGAUGCAGGCUGGUGCUGCUCUGGGUAGUAAUACAUGUACUAAGUGAUACACAAGUUUGAUUUUCACAGAAAUUGAACUCCAGGAUAUGAAGUUUGAUGGAUGUGGAGGUUCUUUUGACCUUGAACCCUAUAGGAGUUCAACUUUUGAUUAAGUUUCAGUUCAUCUUUAGCUUAGUUCAUCAACUUUAAUUUUCAGAAAUAUCGAGGAUGUACUAUAUUACUUUUAAAGGGGAGUUCAUGUUUGGCUGGAUUCGGCAGUUCAUUUCCUAUUUCUUUAUAAGGUUUGGUGGUACAAUUUUUAAAACUGUAGCUGUUCGGCAAAAAGGUUCACUACCCCAAGUAGGGGAUUCUCAAUCAGUAAUGAGGCUGUUGUGGAGAAGCAAAUAUUCAGUGUUCAUGAUGUCCAAAUUCCAGUGAUAUGCCAUUAUAUAUUACUCCCUCCGUCCAAUAAUGUAAGACUUUUUUUGACGCUACACUACAGUCAAAAAAUGUCUUACAUUAUGGGACAGAGGGAGUACUAUCAUUGAUCAAGUCAUUUGCUGCAUUUUUUCCAUGUCUUAGUGUACAAGAGCUGUUAGUCAGUAGACUAUAAGUUGUAGUCUGUAACGGCUGGCUGUUCUACACAGUGCACACACACGACCUAGGUGCAACCUAUUUAAUUGAUUGAUGUUUUCAUUUUUUUGAACAGGAAGAUGGGCCAAAAAAAGGAGCAUGAUCGGCUGCUCCUAUAGCGUGUAGCUAGACUAGUAGCUCUGCCAAUGUUACAUUUGGUACAGGCAGUACAUGUAUUCAUGUGGGUGCUUGAAAAGUUCUGUACAAGAAUAGGCCGAUGAUUUUUGUGCUAUGGAUAAUAUGAUUUAUGUACAUGUAUUAUAUGUGUGGAAACAAUUUCUGUCAGAUGAUGAAAGGACAAAUGGUUUGAAUUAAAAA